UUUACCUCUUCAUCGCAGACGGACGGGAACAUUUCCCGUCAAAAUAUGGUUUGAUUUAUUAGGGAAAAGUAGCAGUUUUCCUGCCUCAAAAUGGCAGACAACAGCGACACCGAGAGCCAGAGCACCCAGGCAGUGGCCGAGGUGCCGGCUCUGGUGGAAUAUUUGAGGAAAAUCAUCCCGCUUUUGUUGGAGGAUGGAGAGGCUACGGCAGCAUUGAGAAACGCCCUUGAUGACAAAUUGCACAUCGAGGGAAUGAAAAAAUGGCUGUCCGACAGUCAGACGGCCAGUCUUCUUUUGGAGAGGAACGUGAACAAAGAAGAAGAGGAUGAUGAUGAGGCAAGUGUGGCAUCUGAUGCCACAGCAGAGAAUGAAGUCACGUACAACAUCUCGACUGAAGUGCAUUUCACCAACUCUAAGAUGACUGGUGUUGUGUUCAUGAAGCGUGGACCUAUCAUUGAUGCAGAGAAAUCCAUCUCCAGUCAAGUGAGAAUCAUCAACUUGAGUGAAGGAUCUCCCUUUGAGACCCUUCAUGCCUACGUCAGCAAUGCCAUGGCACCCUACUUCAAAUCUUACGUCAGGGCGUCUGGCAAGGUGGAUAGGGAUGGUGAUAAGAUGGCGCCCUCCGUUGAGAAGAAGAUUGCCGAGCUUGAGAUGGGCCUCCUCCAUCUCCAGCAGAACAUUGACAUUCCAGAUAUCACUCUGCCGAUCCAUCUAGUCGUCUCAACAAUGAUCAGGAACUGCGCCAAGGAAGGGCGGAAACCCAAAGUCAAUGACUUCAUGGACAAGGUGGAAGAUUCUGUCUUCCUCAAUAACCUGCAGCAUGGGGUCAACAGGUGGAUCAGAGAAAUUCAGAAGGUGACAAAACUUGACCGUGACCCCGGCUCCGGCACAGCUCUUCAGGAGAUCAGUUUCUGGCUGAACCUGGAACGAGCACUGAUGAAGAUUCAAGAGAAGCGAGAGAGCCCUGAGGUAGCCCUGACUCUUGAUAUAUUGAAGCAUGGCAAGAGAUUCCACGCUACAGUCAGCUUUGAUACAGACACAGGUUUGAAGCAUGCCCUCGCCACGGUAGCCGACUACAGUCCCCUCAUGAAGGACUUCCCUCUGAAUGAUCUCCUCUCGGCCACGGAGCUUGAUCGCAUCCGUAUGGCCCUCGUCAGUAUCUUCAAUCAUUUACGCAAGAUCCGCAACACCAAGUACCCGAUCCAGCGAGCCCUACGUCUGGUUGAGGCCAUAUCCAGGGAUCUCAGCAGUCAGCUUCUCAAGGUUCUGGGCACCAGACGCCUGAUGCACAUCAGCCAUGAUGAGUUUGAGAAGGUGAUGAGUGCCUGCUUCGAGGUGUUUGGCACAUGGGAUGAUGAAUACGAGAAGCUCCAAGGUCUGCUCCGAGAUAUCGUCAAGAAAAAGAGGGAAGAGAGUCUCAAGAUGGUGUGGAGGGUUAACCCCGCCCACAAGAGGCUACAGGGACGUCUGGAACAGAUGCGCAAGUUCCGUAGACAGCAUGAGCAGUUGCGUGCAGUCAUAGUCAGAGUCCUACGUCCAGCUGUGACCCAGGUACAAGGGAGUCCAGGUACCACACCAGAUGAACCACCAGGUAACAUCAACGAGCUCAUGAUGGAUGCUGCUGAUGCUAAUGCCAUAGAGGAGGUGAACCUUGCCUAUGAGAAUGUGAAGGAGGUGGAAAGUCUUGAUGUCAGCAAGGAGGGAAACGAGGCUUGGGAAGCUGCUAUGAAGAGAUAUGAUGAGCGCAUAGAUCGUGUGGAGACACGUAUAACAGCUCGUCUUCGAGAUCAGCUCGGGACUGCCAAGAAUGCCAAUGAGAUGUUCCGCAUCUUCUCUCGUUUCAACGCUCUCUUUGUGCGCCCUCACAUCCGCGGAGCAAUCCGAGAAUACCAGACCCAGCUUAUCCAACGAGUCAAGGAUGACAUUGAAUCACUUCAUGACAAGUUCAAGAUCCAGUAUCCACUAAGCAAGGCUUGUAGGAUGAGUAAAGUACGAGAUCUUCCUCCAGUGUCAGGAUCCAUCAUCUGGGCCAGACAGAUUGAUCGUCAGCUUGGUGCCUACAUGCACCGUGUCGAAGACGUCCUCGGCAAGGGCUGGGAGAACCACGUUGAAGGACAGAAACUCAAGGCCGAUGGGGACAGCUUCAGAGCCAAGCUCAAUACCCAGGAACUCUUUGACGACUGGUCUAGAAAGGUGCAAAUGCGUCAGCUUGGUGUGUCUGGCCGCAUCUUCACCAUCGAGAGUCAGAGAACCAGACAAGGAGGCAAGGGGAACCUCCUUAAGCUUAAAGUCAACUUCCUCCCAGACAUCAUCACAUUGUCCAAAGAGGUGCGCAAUCUGAAGUGGCUUGGGUUCCGUGUUCCCCUGGCCAUCGUCAACAAGGCCCAUCAGGCUAACCAGCUGUACCCGUUUGCCAUCUCCCUGAUUGAGAGUGUGCGUACCUAUGAGAGGACAUGUGAGAAGGUGGAGGAGAGACAGUCCAUCUUCCUCCUUGUGGCUGGUCUCAAGAGGGAGGUACAGGGACUGAUUGCUGAGGGUGUUGCCCUUGUGUGGGAGUCUUACAAGCUGGAUCCAUAUGUGCAGAAGCUGGCUGAGGCUGUCUUCAACUACCAGGAAAAGGUGGAUGACCUCCUUCUUGUAGAAGAGAAGAUUGACAGUGAAGUACGCUCUAUAGAUCACUGUGACUACAACGCCAACGUCUUCACAGAGAUCUUGAGUCGCAUCCAGAAAGAGGUGGAUGAUCUCAAUCUGCACUCCUACUCCAAUCUGCCGCAGUGGGUCGCCAAGCUAGACACAGAGGUUGAGAAGCGUCUUGCCAGACGUCUACAAGCCGGUCUCCAAGCCUGGACUCAGUGUCUCCUUGGUAAAGACAAAAGUAUCGAGGACACCAUGGAUACGGACGUCUCCAACAAACACAAACCAGGAGGAGAACCACAAAUCACUGGUUUAAUCCACGAGAUUCGCAUCACCAACCAAGUCAUGUACCUGUCCCCGCCCAUAGAAGAGGCUCGCUUCCAACUGAUGCAGCAGCUGUUUGCAUGGCAACGCAUCAUCACCGGUCUGAAACGCCUAGAGAGCUCUCGUUACCAAGUAGGCAUCGAGCAGCAUGAGUCCAAUAAGACGGCCGUCUACCGGACUCUCCUCAGUAAGCUGCCUGAUGGCCCUCAGGUCCUUGAGCAACCAUACGCUGCUAUCGAGAAGAUCUUGAGGGAGGUCCAGGAAUAUGUUAAGGAGUGGCUUCAAUACCAGUCCCUUUGGGACAUGCAGCCACACAAUGUGUACACCAGGAUUGGUGAUGACCUGAAACUCUGGAUGCAACUUCUCGUGGAAAUCAGACAAUCUCGCACCACCUUUGACAAUGCGGAUACCCGUAAGGAGUUUGGUCCCAUUGUGGUGGACUACGGCAAAGUCCAGUCUAAGGUCAACAUGAAGUACGACUCCUGGCACAAGGAGAUCCUGAGCAAGUUUGGGAAUAAUCUCGGCACUGAGAUGGCUGAGUUCCAUGGAUCCCUUGCCAAGUCUCGUACAGAGUUGGAGCAGCACUCUGUGGACACAGCCAGCACCUCCGAUGCAGUCAGCUUCAUCACCUACGUACAGAACCUCAAGAGGAAACACAGGGCUUGGGAGAAGCAAGUGGAGAUGUACCACGGAGGACAGAAGCUGUUGGAGAGACAGCGCUACCAGUUCCCGUCCAGUUGGUUGUAUGUGGAUAACAUUGAAGGAGAGUGGGGAGCGUACAAUGAGAUCAUGAAACGCAAAGAUACCGCCAUUCAACAACAGGUCGCCAGUCUGCAGAUGAAGAUAGUGACCGAGGAUCGUUCCGUCGAGGGCCGUACCACUGAGCUCCUGACAGAGUGGGAAAAGAACAAACCAAUCGAUGGUGAACUCCGACCAGAUCUCGCCACCAACGGUCUGGCAAUCUUUGAAGGAAAGUUUGCUCGUCUCAAAGAAGAUCGAGACAACAUCAGCAAGGCCAAGGAAGCUCUCGAACUCCAAGAGAUCGGUGUGGUAAGCCCGAGCGAAGAGCGCGUUCAAGUGGCCCUGGAGGAACUCCAAGAUCUGAAGGGCGUCUGGUGUGAGCUCGCCCGUAUCUGGGAGCAGAUCGAUGAGCUGAAAGAGAAACCGUGGCUGUCUGUCGCUCCUCGUAAACUACGUCAGAGUCUGGACGGACUCAUGACUAGCCUCAAGGGGUUGCCGGGACGUCUGCGACAGUACGCCUCCUACGAGCACGUACAGAGAGUCCUCAAAGGAUACGCCAAGGUGAACAUGCUGGUGGUGGAGUUGAAGUCUGAAGCCUUAAAGGAGCGCCACUGGAAACAACUGAUGAAGCGUCUGAGGGUCAACUGGGUCCUAUCUGAGCUGACUCUGGGACUGGUGUGGGACGUGGACCUACAGAAAAACGAGGGCAUCGUAAGGGACAUCAUCAACGUGGCUCAGGGUGAGAUGGCUCUGGAAGAGUUCUUGAAGCAGGUGCGUGAUGUAUGGCAGUCCUAUGAGUUGGAGCUGAUCAACUUCCAGAAUAAAUGCCGAGUCAUCCGAGGCUGGGAUGACCUCUUCACAAAGGUCAAGGAGCACAUCAACAGCGUGGCAGCUAUGAAGCUAUCCCCGUACUACAAGGUAUUUGAGGAGGAUGCGCUAGCCUGGGAGGACAAACUGAACCGUAUCAAUGCAUUGUUUGAUGUGUGGAUUGAUGUCCAGCGUCGUUGGGUCUACCUGGAUGGCAUCUUCUCUGGGAGCGCUGAUAUCAAGCAUCUCCUGCCUGUUGAGACUCAGAGAUUCUCAAGCAUCAGUACUGAGUUCCUCGCCCUGAUGAAGAAAGUGGCCAAGUCUCCACUUGUCCUGGAUGUAGUAAACAUCCCUGGUGUCCAGCGCUCCUUGGAGAGGCUGGCUGACCUCCUUGGCAAGAUCCAGAAGGCUCUUGGAGAGUACCUGGAGAGAGAAAGAGCAUCAUUCCCGAGGUUCUACUUCGUCGGUGAUGAAGACCUCCUGGAGAUCAUCGGUAACAGCAAGAACGUUGAGAAACUACAGAAGCAUUUCAAGAAGAUGUUCGCUGGCGUCGCUGCUCUCCUUCUGAGCGAGGACCACACCUUGGUGCUGGGCAUCUCCUCAAGGGAAGGGGAAGAGGUCCUGUUCAAGACACCAGUAUCUCUGAUUGAGCACCCCAAGAUCAAUGAAUGGUUGACCCUAGUAGAGAAUGAGAUGAGAGUGACUCUAGCCAAACUGUUGGCUGCUGCUGUACUAGGUGUGGCUCAGUUCAGAGAAGGCUCCAUCGAUUCUGCCAAAUACCUGGAAUGGGUCGAUCAGUAUCAGGCUCAACUGGUGGUCCUGUCAGCCCAGAUCUCCUGGUCCGAGUCUACAGAUAAAGCCUUGGGCAUCACCCAAGGUGGUGGUGGAGACAUGGCUCCCAUGAAUGGCGUCUUGCAGACUGUAGAGAACACGCUGCAGGUUCUGGCAGACUCUGUACUCCAGGAACAACCUCCCGUCAGACGCAAGAAGCUGGAACAUCUUAUCACGGAGCUUGUCCACCAACGUGACGUCACCCGUAUGCUGAUCAGCAAUAAGACCAGCAGCCCUACAGCCUUUGAUUGGUUGUGUCAGAUGAGAUUCUACUUUGAUCCCAAACACACCGACGUCCUACAGCAGCUGUCCAUCCAGAUGGCCAACGCUCGAUUCAACUACGGCUUUGAGUACCUCGGUGUUCAGGACAAGCUUGUCCAGACGCCGCUGACUGACCGCUGCUACUUGACCAUGACCCAAGCCUUGGAGGGACGCCUUGGCGGAUCACCAUUCGGUCCUGCUGGUACUGGGAAGACUGAGUCCGUUAAGGCCUUGGGUCACCAACUUGGACGCUUUGUGCUGGUCUUCAAUUGUGAUGAACGCUUUGACUUUCAGGCAAUGGGUCGCAUCUUCGUUGGUCUAUGUCAAGUAGGCGCCUGGGGAUGCUUUGAUGAGUUCAAUCGUCUUGAGGAACGGAUGCUGUCAGCCGUCUCUCAGCAGAUCCAAACCAUCCAAGAGGCUCUGAAGGAGAAACUUGAAGACAAAUCCAAGGAGCGCAUCAGCGUAGAGAUCGUUGGCAAACAGGUCCGUGUCAACCCAGACAUGGCCAUCUUCAUCACCAUGAACCCUGGAUACGCAGGUCGUUCCAACCUCCCCGAUAACCUGAAGAAGCUGUUCAGAUCGUUGGCCAUGACCAAACCCAAUCGUCAACUCAUCGCUCAGGUCAUGCUCUACUCCCAGGGAUUCCGUAUCGCUGAGAAACUGGCGUCUAAGAUCGUUCCCUUCUUCCAGUUGUGUGAUGAGCAGCUGUCCUCGCAAUCUCACUAUGACUUUGGUCUGCGUGCCUUGAAGAGCGUCUUAGUAAGCGCCGGUAACGUCAAGAGAGACUGCAUCAUGAAGAUCAAGGAAGGAAUGAAAGAGCGUGGAGAGAAUACUGACGAAGGAUCCAUCUCAGAAAGACUCCCUGAACAAGAGAUUCUGAUCCAGAGUGUCUGUGAGACCAUGGUACCCAAGCUGGUAGCCGAAGACAUCCCUCUACUCCACAGUCUGCUGUCGGAUGUCUUCCCUGGUGUUCAGUACACUCAGGCAGAGAUGAAAGGUCUGAGGAAAGAGUUGGCCAAGGUGUGCCAGGAGAUGUACCUGACGUACGGAGAAGGAGACGAGAUGGGAUGCUCAUGGGUGGAGAAGGUGUUGCAACUGUACCAGAUCUCCAACUUGAACCACGGUCUGAUGAUGGUUGGUCCCAGCGGUAGCGGCAAGAGUAUGGCCUGGAAGUCACUCCUCAAGGCCCUGGAGAGACUGGAAGGUGUAGAAGGAGUUGCUCAUGUCAUCGACCCCAAGGCGAUGUCUAAGGAGGAUCUGUACGGCAACCUGGACCCCAACACCAGAGAGUGGACGGAUGGUCUCUUCACUCACAUCCUCAGAAAGAUCAUUGACAAUGUCCGUGGUGAGAUCAACAAGAGACAAUGGAUCAUCUUUGAUGGUGACGUGGACCCUGAAUGGGUUGAGAAUCUUAACAGUGUCUUAGAUGACAACAAGCUCUUGACUCUGCCCAACGGUGAACGUCUCAGUCUGCCUCCUAAUGUGCGCAUCAUGUUUGAGGUACAGGAUCUCCGUUAUGCGACCCUGGCCACCGUCAGUCGCUGUGGCAUGGUGUGGUUCAGCGAAGACGUCUUGAGUACGGAGCUCAUCUGUGAGAACUUCCUGGCUCGCAUGCGUUACACUCCUCUGGAGGAAUCUGAAGACUUGAUUUCAUCCAAGGAGUUUGGCAAGGCAGCUGAUAAGGAGAAGGACGGAACGUUGUCUCCGCUCAUGCAGAUCCAGAAUGACUGUGCUAAUGUGCUGGCUGCACAUUUCGGCUCGGACGCCUUGGUCAUCCGUGCCUUGGAAUACGCCUCCACCCAGGAACACAUCAUGGACUUCACCAGGCUAAGAGCUCUGGGUUCACUCUUCUCCAUGUUGAAUCAAGGAGUCCGGAAUAUCCUACAGUACAACAACAUGCAUCAUGACUUCCCAAUGCAGACUGAUCAACUGGAGAAAUACAUGGUGCGUUAUCUGAUCUACGCCAUCAUCUGGUCCUUCAGCGGAGACAGUAAGAUGAAAUGUCGUCAUGACAUGGGGGACUUCAUCCGUACCAUCACGGCCAUACCGCUCCCUCCAGCUUCUCAGCUCUCCAUCAUUGACUACGAGGUUGCCAUCACCGGUGACUGGGCCCCAUGGCAGAACAAGGUACCUCAGAUUGAGGUCGAGACCCACAAGGUAGCCUCACCAGACGUGGUGGUCCCUACCCUAGACACAGUCAGGCACGAGGCUCUACUCUACACCUGGCUAGCCGAGCACAAACCCCUGGUGCUGUGCGGACCACCAGGUAGUGGAAAGACCAUGACGCUGUUUAGCGCCCUCAGGGCUCUGCCAGAUAUGGAGGUUGUCGGUCUGAACUUCUCCAGCGCCACCACCCCUGAGCUGAUGUUGAAGACAUUGGACCACUACUGUGAAUACAGACGCACCCCUAACGGUACCGUGCUGUCUCCAAUCCAGCUCAACAAAUGGCUGGUAGUCUUCUGUGAUGAGAUCAAUCUACCAGACAUGGAUCAAUACGGCACACAGCGAGUCAUCUCCUUCCUUCGUCAGAUGUUGGAGCACGGAGGUUUCUAUCGCAAGUCAGAUCAGAUGUGGAUCACCUUUGAGAGGAUUCAGUUUGUAGGAGCGUGUAACCCUCCGACUGACCCCGGCAGAAAACCUCUAUCACACAGGUUUCUACGCCACGUGCCCGUAGUGUAUGUAGACUAUCCUGGCCCAUUCUCACUGGGUCAAAUCUACGGAACAUUCAACCGCGCCAUGCUGCGCCUCAUCCCCAGUCUACGCACCUAUGCUGAGCCACUCACUAACGCUAUGGUGGAAUUCUACACAUUGUCACAGCAACGUUUCACCCAAGACAUGCAGCCUCACUACAUCUACAGUCCACGUGAGAUGACGCGCUGGGUGCGGGGUAUCGUGGAAGCAUUACGCCCUCUGGAAAAUCUAUCGGUAGAGGGUCUCGUACGCAUCUGGGCACACGAAGCUCUCAGACUCUUCCAAGACAGGCUUGUUGAGGAUGAGGAACGCCAGUGGACAGAUGAGAACAUCGACGCUACAGCCAUGAAACACUUCCCCAACAUCAACAAGGGACAAGCACUCAAGAGACCCAUCCUCUUCAGUAACUGGCUCUCCAAGGACUACAUCCCUGUGGAACAAGAAGAGCUUAGAGACUACGUCAAAGCCAGACUCAAGGUGUUCUAUGAGGAGGAGUUGGAUGUUCCUCUGGUGUUAUUCAACGAGGUCUUGGAUCAUGUACUCAGAAUUGAUCGUAUCUUCAGACAGCCACAGGGUCACUUGUUGCUGAUUGGAGUAAGUGGAGCUGGUAAGACGACUCUGUCUCGCUUUGUGGCUUGGAUGAACGGUCUCAGCAUCGUGCAAGUCAAGGUUCAUAACAAGUACACCGCAGAUGACUUUGAUGAGGAUCUGAGAGGGGUACUGCGAAGAGCUGGUUGCAAGGAUGAGAAGAUCUGCUUUGUGAUGGACGAGUCUAACGUUCUAGAUUCCAGUUUCCUGGAACGCAUGAACACACUCCUCGCUAAUGGAGAGGUGCCAGGCCUGUUUGAAGGAGAUGAAUACACCACCCUGAUGACUCAAUGUAAGGAAGGAGCCCAGAGAAAGGGGAACAUGUUGGACUCUAGCGAGGAACUCUACAAAUGGUUCACAGGGCAGGUGAUGAGAAACCUUCACGUAGUAUUCACCAUGAACCCAUCCUCAGAAGGACUGAAAGACAGAGCUGCAACAUCCCCCGCUCUCUUCAACAGAUGCGUACUGAAUUGGUUUGGUGACUGGUCCACUCACGCUCUGUAUCAAGUUGGUAAGGAAUUCACCAGCAAGCUGGACUUGGACAAAUCAGACUACUGUCCGCCCGGUAUGUUACCGCUGGCCUACGAAGGAGUGCCUAAUCCACCCACACAUCGGGAUGCCAUCGUCAAUGCCUACGUGUACGUACACCAGACUCUACACCAAGCUAAUGAGAGAGUCCAGAAGAGGGGAGGUCGUAUCAUGGCAAUCACACCUAGACACUACCUCGACUUCAUCCAUCACUUUGUGAAAUUGUACCAGGAGAAGCGAUCAGAUCUUGAGGAGCAGCAGCUUCAUCUCAACGUUGGUCUUCAGAAGAUCAAGGAGACGGUGGAACAGGUGGAGGAGCUACAGAAGUCUCUAGCCAGGAAGAGUCAAGAACUAGAAGCCAAGAACGCCGCUGCUAACGCCAAACUCAAACAGAUGGUCAAAGAUCAACAGGAAGCUGAGAAGAAGAAAGUGACCUCCCAAGAGAUCCAGGCUGCUCUGACCGUUCAGACGGCUGAGAUUGGAGAGAAGCGAGAGUAUGUCAUGGAGGAUUUGGCUAAAGUAGAACCAGCCGUACAAGAUGCCCAAGCAGCUGUGAAAGGUAUCAAGAAGCAGAAUCUAGUAGAGAUCCGUUCCAUGGGUAACCCGCCAGUCCUCGUCAAGUUGGCUCUGGAAUCAAUCUGUCUCCUUCUGGGUGAGCAUACCCAAGACUGGAAGGCAAUCCGUGGUAUCAUCAUCAGGGAUAACUUCAUCAGUACCAUCGUCAACUUCAACACCGAGAACAUCACGGAAGACACACGUGAGAAGAUGAUGAAGAAGUACAUGUCCAAUCCAGACUUCAACUUUGAGAAGAUGAACCGAGCUAGUUUGGCUUGUGGACCCAUGGUCAAAUGGGCCAUCGCUCAGAUCAGCUACGCUGACAUGCUUCACCGUGUGGAACCCUUGCGUAACGAGCUGGAUCGUCUGGAGAAGGAAGCUGAGAAGAAUAAGACCAAGCAGGACCAGGUGAACAAGCUGGUUGUGGAGCUUGAACACAGCAUCGCUGGAUACAAGGAGGAGUACGCCCAACUCAUCAGCCAGGCACAGGCCAUCAAGAGUGACUUGGAGUCGGUAGAGAUCAAGGUGAAUCGCAGCACGGCCCUCCUCCGCAGUCUAUCCCACGAGGGUGAGCGUUGGCAGACGGGCAGCGAGUCCUUCAAGGCUCAGAUGGCUACCAUCUUGGGAGAUGUCCUCCUGUCCUCGGCCUUCAUGGCAUACGCUGGAUACUUUGAUCAACAGAUGAGGCAGAAUCUCUUCAAUAGUUGGGCCUCUCAUCUACAAGCCGCUUGCAUCAAGUACAGGGCAGACAUCGCUAGAGUAGAGUAUCUAUCCAAUGCUGACGAGCGUCUACGCUGGCAGGCCAAUGCUCUUCCAUCAGACGAUCUGUGCACUGAGAAUGCUAUCAUGUUGAAUAGAUUCAACCGGUACCCACUCAUCAUUGAUCCCUCUGGACAAGCAACGGACUUCAUCCUCAAUGAAUACAGAGAGAAGAAAAUCACCAAGACCAGUUUCCUGGAUGAUGCGUUCCGUAAGAACUUGGAGAGUGCCCUGCGGUUUGGUAACCCACUCCUUGUACAGGAUGUGGAGAACUACGAUCCGAUCUUGAACCCCGUCUUGAAUCGGGAAGUGCGCCGUACAGGAGGACGUGUCCUCAUCAGUAUUGGAGACCAAGACAUUGAUUUGUCUCCAGCGUUCAUGAUCUUCUUGUCAACAAGAGACCCAACUGUGGAGUUCUCUCCCGACAUCUGCUCUCGAGUGACGUUUGUUAACUUCACUGUGACUAGGAGCAGUCUGCAGAGCCAGUGCUUGAACCAGGUCUUGAAGGCAGAGAGACCGGAUGUUGAUGAGAAACGCUCCGAUCUUCUCAAACUCCAAGGUGAGUUUAACUUGCGCCUUCGUCAACUGGAGAAGUCUCUUCUCCAAGCUCUGAAUGACACCAAGGGACGUAUCCUAGAUGAUGACAGCAUCAUCACCACCUUGGAGACACUGAAAAAGGAGGCAGCUGAAGUAACCCGUAAGGUGGAGGAGACAGACGUUGUGAUGGCAGAGGUUGAGACGGUAUCUCAUCAGUAUUUGUCUCUCGCUCAGUCUUGUAGCAGCAUCUACUUCACACUGGAGGCUCUCAACAGGGUGCAUUUCCUGUAUCAGUACUCACUGCAGUUCUUCCUAGAGAUCUUCAACUCAGUGUUGUCUGACAAUAAUCACCUGCAGAAUGUGAGCGAGCACGGAUCACGUCUCUCCAUCAUCACAAAGGAUCUCUUCCAGGUCUGCUUCAACCGUGUAGCUCGUGGUAUGCUCCAUCAAGAUCGCAUCAUGUUCACCAUCCUACUGUGUCGCAUUCACCUUAGAGGUGUCUCCAGUGAGCCGGACUACGGUGCAGAAUUCCAGCACUUCCUGCGUGGUGCUGAGCAGACUAUUCACACCCUGACACUACCCAAGUAUGAAGGCAUGACCAAUGAGCAGGUGGAGUCUAUGCUUCGUCUGGCCAAGCUACCUGCAUUCGAGGGAUUGCUUCACUUCGUGGAGUCCAAGCAGGAUUUCAGCAAAUGGGAACAGAGUGGUGGGCCAGAGAAGAAUGUUCCAAACUGCUGGAAAGAGCCUGCACCACUGAGUGGCAUUGGUCAAGCUCUUCAUCGUCUCCUGGUCAUCCAGACCUUCCGGCCAGAUCGUCUUCUAGCAUCUUGUCAGCUCUUUGUCAUGUCAGUGUUUGGGGAGCAAUUCCUCCACUCUGCUGAGCAGGAGAUGGAUCUGGGCACUGUGGUGGAGACUGAGUUGAAGAGCAGCACACCAGUCCUGAUGUGCUCUGUACCUGGAUAUGACGCUAGUAGCCGCGUUGAAGACUUGGCGGCUGAGGUCAAUAAGAGUAUCUCUUCCAUUGCUAUAGGAUCUGCGGAGGGUUUCAGUCAAGCUGACAAGGUGAUUAACUCUGCCUCUAAGUCUGGUAAGUGGGUCAUGUUGAAGAACGUUCAUCUGGCUCCUCAAUGGCUCGUACAACUAGAAAAGAAACUUCACAGUCUCUCACCGCAUCCUAGCUUUAGACUCUUCCUCACCAUGGAGAUUAACCCUAAGGUACCAGUCAACCUGCUGCGUGCGGGUCGGAUCUUCGUCUUUGAGCCACCUCCAGGUGUCAAGGCCAACCUGCUCAAGACAUUCAGCACAGUCCCAGCCUCACGCAUGAACAAGGCACCUAAUGAGAGAGCUCGUUUAUACUUCCUGCUAGCCUGGCUUCAUGCCAUCAUCCAAGAGAGAUUGACGUACUCACCCCUAGGAUGGGCCAAGAAGUACGAGUUCAGUGAAUCUGAUCUCAGAUGUGCAUGCGAUACCCUGGAUAUCUGGAUUGAUUCUGCUGCUAAGGGUCGAUCCAACCUGCCGCCAGACAAGGUACCAUGGGAUGCUCUACAGACUCUACUCUCCCAGUGCAUCUACGGAGGGCGCAUCGACAACGACUUCGAUCAGCGUCUCCUGACAGCCUUUGUCAACAAGACCUUCACGGUCCAAAGCUUCAACUCUGAUUUCUGUCUCAUCCCUGACAUCGAUGGUAAAGGGAAAAGAAUCACCAUGCCAGAUGGCAUCAGACGUGAGCAGUUUGUGCAGUGGGCAGAGCAGCUUCCUGAGAAUCAGACGCCAUCUUGGCUUGGACUUCCCAACAAUGCUGAGAAGGUCCUUCUAACCAACCAUGGGGCCAGCAUGAUCUCCAAGCUUCUGAAGAUGUCCAUGCUUGAAGACGAAGAUGACUUCACCUCCUCCUCAACGGAGAAGAAGAAACGCCCCGGCUCAACAUCAGAUGGGCGUCCAGCAUGGAUGCGUAUCCUUCAUACAUCUGUCAAGAACUGGAUGUCAAUCAUUCCCAAGUCCCUGACUUUGCUGAAGCGCACCGCUGACAACAUCAAAGAUCCUCUGUUCCGCUUCUUCGAGCGUGAAGUCAACCACGGCGCCACCUUGCUACGGGAUGUCCGCAAUGAUCUCCAGAAUGUGGUCCUGGCGUGCGAGGGCAAGAAGAAGCAGACCAACCACGACCGUGAGCUGAUCGGAGACUUGGCCAAGGGGAUCCUGCCGAAGAGCUGGAACCGCUACACGGUGCCUGCUGGUCUGACUGUCAUCCAGUGGGUGUCUGACUUCAGUGAGAGGGUCAAACAACUACAGAAGAUUGCUACGGCCGCUAGCACUGGAGGGGCUAAAGAACUCAAGACUCAAGAUGUUUGGCUUGGUGGUCUCUUCUCACCAGAGGCUUAUAUUACAGCCACUAGACAAUUUGUUGCCCAGGUUAACAGCUGGUCUCUUGAAGAACUCUACAUGCAGGUGACUGUUUCUGACCCAGGCAAGCAGCUCCAGAUGGACGACUGUAGCUUUGCUGUUACAGGAUUGAAGUUGCAAGGAGCCACUUGUAAGGGCAACAAGUUGUACUUGACAGCAGUUAUCUCCACUGACUUACCAUCUACAAUCUUCAAAUGGGUUCGCUUGGUUGCAGGCACUACCAAAAAGGAAGUGAAGGAUAAGGUUCUUCUGCCGGUGUACUUGAACCAGACGAGAGCUGAGCUGCUGUUCACAGUAGACAUCGAAUGUGGUGACGGAGAAGGAUCCUUCUAUGAAAGGGGCGUGGCUCUGCUCUGCAAUGGACUGUCUGCUUAGGGUGAACCCUUGAUUAAACCAUGGAGUCCUUCUCCGUAAGGAUCCAACAAGGGUCACAGCUUCUAUGAAAGGGGGCGUGGCACUGCUCUGCAAUGGACUGUCUGCUUAGGGUGAACCCUUGAUUAAACCAUGGAGUCCUUCUCCGUAAGGAUCCGACAAGGGUCACAGCUUCUAUGAAAGGGGGCGUGGCACUGCUCUGCAAUGGACUGUCUGCUUAGGGUGAACCCUUGAUUAAACCAUGGAGUCCUUCUCCGUAAGGAUCCGACAAGGGUCACAGCUUCUAUGAAAGGGGGCGUGGCACUGCUCUGCAAUGGACUGUCUGCUUAGGGUGAACCCUUGAUGAAAACAUAGAGUUAUGGACCUUCUGGAGUAGGGUAUUUGUGAUUGUGGGUGUGGAUUUGGGAAACCAUGGAGUUAUGGAAUUUCUAGAGUAGUAUAUGUGAAAUGGGUUGUUAUGUUUUGGGUUAUGUAUUGGUAAUAUAAUGGGAUCCUUUUUUCAUUCUUUAAAGAGAUUGCUGAUUAAGAAUGUAGUUGUAAUGGCCCUAUUGGGGUGGGGUGCGGUAUUUCUGGCAAUGUAUUAGUGACAAUGAAUUCCAUGAUGAUCGGGGAUGUACUUGCAGUAGUUUUAGUAAAAUUAUAAAAUAAUAUAAAUUACAAUGGUCAUUAUUAUUAGGUUUGAUGGAAUGCUUCAAAUAAUCUUAAGUGAAGCAAUUACUCUUGUCAUAAUAAUAUCUUGAAUAGAAUUGCAUGACAAAUAUCCAGAUUAAAUUUAUCAGAAAAAAAUUACAUUUGAAUAAGGUAGUUGACAGAUUUGAGUCUUUAAACCUUUUCUUGGUAACAUAUCAUUUCUUUACUUGGAGUUGCAUCCUUCAAUAACUUGAAAUAUACUUGUUAAAAAAUAAUGAAGCGAUAAUGACCGUGAAUAGCACAACAUGGCAUUGGAUGAUGAGUGAUUUUUUUUUCUUCAAAUUAACUGAUAAUCAAAACAAGUUUAAAACUAUUAAAAUAAACUGCUGUAGUAAUUGUUGAAUGACUUACUUGGGAAAACAUUACACAAAAAUCAUUGUUAGUUUUCAAACAGUUAUUGUUUAGUGUGAUGUGCGGUUGAACAUUUUUAUGGAAAUUGCACAAUACAAAGCUCUAGUUAUUUAAAGUGGAUUUUAGCCUUGGUUGGGAAGAACUUGCAAAAAUUUUGAAAUAAAUAAACGAAAAAAAUACAAGCAUACUGUAAAACUGUAACAGAUUAUCAUUAUACCACUAGUGUCAGUGUUUGUAUUACAGCAUUAUAAAGUUCCAAGGAUUUAAAGACAGAGUAAACUCACAGUAGUUUUAGUAAAAUCACAAAAAUAAGCUUGAUUGGAAAAGUCAUCACUAACAGACUGGACGAUUGCUUACAAAUAUCUGGAGAGGGAUUUAAAAUGCCUUUUGGGGACUGUUUUGUUUUGUUAUUUUGAUGCAUGUUUGAAUUGAAAGGGGAAAACCCUUCUCUUGUCGUAAAUAUCUUAAAAAUAGGAAUGCAUGACAAAUAUCCAGAUUGAAUUGAUCAGAGAAAAAUGUGUUUCGAGUAAGUAAUUUGACAAGCAUGAGUCUGGAUUUCUUAACAUUUAUUGCAUGUCAGGAUAUUAAUAUAAUUUUGUGACUACAUUACUGGAAAAACAAUGAUCGUUUUGCUGUAUUGGAUUGGAAUUGAAUUGUAAUAUUUAAUUUCUAGGGACUAAAAAACAUCAACAAUUAUAAUGAAUUUUAAAUAAAUAAGUAGAAUAUUAAUGGAGAAUUAUACUUUUAAAUAAUCAUCAUAUCAAUGUAUUAUUCUUUGUAGAAGCACGCUGGGGGUCAAGGGCUUCAAGGUAAAUUCAAGAAAGAAAAAAAAAUCAUUUUGUUAUUCAGAUUCAAAUGGAAUAACUUUCUUCUGUCAUAAAUAUAUUAUUUAAAAAUGGGAAUGCAUUGCAAGUAUCUAGAUUAAAUUGCUUCGAUAUAAAUCAUAUUUUAAGGAGUUAGUGGUGAAAUAUUCUUAAGUAUAUCAAAUGUUUAUGCGUGUGUUGUAUUGUAGUAAUUAACGGAAAAAAUAUUCAUUUUGUGUAAUGGAAAAUGAAAAUUAAGCAAUUUCAUAAUUAGUUUCAAACAAAUGAGUAAAAUGCUAACAGUAGUAUAUUACUUCAAAUAAUUAUCACACAAAUAAUGUCAUUGCUGUAGUGGCAUGUUCGAUGGUUUAAAGAUGAAGUAAAGAAUAAACAAGUAGACUUAGUAAGCAGA